AUGGUACAUGGUCCAUCCUUGCCUCCACCUCCUGGCCGCAACCAAUCAAAGGCCAGCAGUGCGCGGCACGUUGCCAUCUCUGAAGCUGCCUCAGCUCCCAGCAAGGUCCGCGAUCCGGCCUAUAUGGUUCCUGACCUUGACCAUGAGCGCCCCAAGCGUCGUGCAGGCUACGCUUGCUGCGCAUGGUGCUGCUUGGUCUUCUUCGCCAUUGUGAUUCUCGCUCUAAUUAUUGCUUUCAUUGCCAUGGCCAUCUUCCAUUCGUACCUGCCAGAAAUCUACAUCCGAAGAUUCAACGCCACCAGCCUCAACUUUACUAAAGACCACAAUAAACUUGUCUUGAGGGGAAAUGUACAUUUUCUUGUGGAGUUCUUUAACAAGAAUGAUAAAACUGACCUCAAGUAUGGUGCCUUCAAGAUCAAGGUAGCGUCCGCGCAUGUCCCGCUAGGUAUCACCGGGUUUCCUGAGUUUGCUCAGGGCCAGAAGAACACGAAGUCGUUGAAUGGAACCAUUAAGGUUAAUAAAUCCGGGAUUACCAAAGACGAUGUAGAUCAACUCAAAACCGACAUAAACAAUAGGGAGAUGACACUGAACUUGGCCAUGACCGGAAGCGUUAGCUUCCCCAUUGCUGGAAUUUUCUUUAACGGCAUUCCCAUCAUUUCAAACUGCGAUGCCAAGCAAAGGGAAGUUGAUUUCGGAAACAAGGCUAAAUGCGAUUACAAGAUUAUCCCCAUAUGA